AUGCUAUUCGAACAGGGUCUACUUGGUAAACAGAUUCAACAUGGAAAAGCAAAUCUUUUUCCAACUGAUAAGGAAUAUUUGAUUGGUACAAAUAAUCAUCUACCAAGACAGUUAGCAUCAUAUGAACAUAAGAAAUUUGAACAAUCGAAAAGAAUUGAAGAUCAGCAAAAACAACAGAAAAAUGAUCAAAAUUAUUUACAAAAGCAAAACAUCGACGAGACAGAAGCUUCAUUAUGGCUCGAUGAUGAAGAUGAAGCAGUGACGAAUGAUUAUCUUUUCCAUGGUAGUCAUCAAGGAGAUCCGUUCGGAACAUUUGUUCGUGCACAAGUUUUAGAUUAUAGUCAAUCGAUAAAACCAAAACACAACGCUAUAACUAAUGAGCAAGAUGAAGAAACUAUAACAAUAAACUUCAGAGAUGAAAUUCGAACAGAAUAUGAUGAUAUACAAGGGCAGUUUUAA